AUGACUUCGGAUAAGCUAAGAGUCCUGCUAGUAGGCAACGGUGGUCGCGAACAUACACUGGCCUGGAAGCUCGCACAAAGUGACCAGGUAGAGUGCAUACACAUCGUCCCGGGCAAUGGUGGCACUGCUGGCGUCCCAAAAAGCGAGAACAUUACCACAGUCAAGGACACCAACUUCGCCGCCCUCGUCAAACAUGCCCAAGAUAACAACCUCAACUUCCUCGUCCCUGGCCCGGAAGCUCCCUUGGUAGCCGGUAUAACAGACUACUUCCACCAACAUGCUCCUGGUAUUCAUGUCUUCGGCCCUUCUCAAGCAGCCGCCCGGAUGGAAGGUUCCAAGACCUUCUCAAAGGACUUUAUGAAACGCCACAUGAUCCCCACCGCCGCGUACGAGAAUUUCACCGACUACGGCGCCGCGAAGAACUAUCUUGAGGUCGUGAGUCAUUCCGUUGUUAUCAAGGCUGAUGGGUUGGCGGCGGGGAAGGGUGUCGUUAUCCCCCAGGAUGCGAGUGAGGCGAGGCAUGCGUUGGAGAGUAUCAUGGCUGAUCGCGAAUUCGGGGAUGCUGGAAAUAGUGUUGUCAUCGAGGAGUUGCUUGAGGGUGAUGAGAUCAGUAUCCUCUCUUUAUCCGACGGCGAGACAAUCUUGUCUUUACCGCCUGCGCAGGAUCAUAAACGGAUUGCUGAUGGCGAUACGGGGCCGAAUACUGGCGGGAUGGGGACUUAUACUCCUACACCACUGGUUACGAAGGAGCAGUUGGAGGAGAUUGAUCGGGUUGUUCUUCGACCGACUAUUGAUGGGAUGAAGAAGGAGGGGAUGACUUUCAGGGGUUGUUUGUUCACUGGACUUAUGAUGACGAAGGAUGGACCGAAGGUGUUGGAGUAUAAUGUUCGGUUUGGUGACCCGGAAAGCCAGUCUUGUCUGGCACUUCUGCAGUCUGACCUCGCGGAGCUCAUGCUCGCUUGUUGCACGGGCACGCUAUCUCAACACAAACUAUCUAUUGCUCCACUUUCCGCUUGCACGGUCGUGGUGGCUGCUGGUGGAUAUCCUGGGAGUUAUGCCAAGGGCACACCCAUGAAGGUCAAGGAGGCGAAAGUUGAGGAUGGGGUGUUCGUCUUCCACGCCGGUACGGGCCUUGGUGAGGACGGACAGCUCAAGACGAGCGGUGGUCGUGUCAUCGCCGCAACCGCGACAGGUGGUACGCUGAGAGAAGCUGUGGAUAAGGCGUACCAGGGUGUCAAGUUGAUUGAGUUCGAGGGCAUGCAGUAUCGGAAAGACAUUGCGGGUAGGGCGCUGAAGUGA